AUGACCGCAGACGAGCAGACAGGCCGUCAGCUUUACGAGAAGAUAGGUAGCCCAAAGACUAUCGUGGCACCUAUGGUCGACCAUUCAGAAUUAGCGUGGAGAAUCCUCUCCAGAAGAUAUGGUGCCGAUCUAUGCUACACCCCCAUGUUUCACGCCAGACUUUUUGCAACAGACGAAAAAUACAGAAAUAAAAUGUUCUGUGAAAUGGAUGGCGAUGCGGAGAAAGAUAGACCUUUGAUCGUGCAGUUUUGUGCAAAUGACCCCGAGUACCUUCUCCAGGCUGCCCAACUUGUGGAGAACCAAUGUGACGCUGUGGACCUUAACUUGGGAUGCCCUCAAGGCAUUGCUCGUAAAGGAAACUACGGUGCUUUUCUCAUGGAUGACUGGGACUUGGUCUACAAGUUGAUCAACAAACUUCACAAGAACCUCAAGUGCCCUGUGACCGCCAAGAUCAGAGUCUACGAUGACUGGAAGAAGAGUCUUGAGUACGCAAAGAUGGUGCUCUCAGCCGGUGCUCAGUUUAUCACAAUUCAUGGCCGUACGAGAGAUAUGAAGGGCCAGAAAACUGGUUUGGCUAACUGGGACAUUUUGCGCUAUCUCAGAGACAACCUACCCCAAGACCAAGUGUUCUUCGCUAAUGGUAAUAUCUUAUACCCUGCAGAUUUGGAGAGAUGCACUGAAAAGGUGAACUGUGAUGCUGUGAUGUCUGCCGAGGGAAACUUGUACAAUCCUGGCGUAUUCUGGACGAAGGAUGACGAUAAGGAGAAGCAGUUUCCCCGAGUCGAUAAGCUUUUGCGGGAGUACUUUGAGAUAGUCAAAACAUGUCCUGGAGAGGCCUCCCGAGUAUGCAUGAAGUCCCACUUUUUCAAACUCAUGUAUGAGUUCCUCAAUGUGCACAAAGAGUUGAGACCCACAAUCGGUAAGACCAGCGUGAACGCUCCAUUCGAAGAAUGGGAAAAAAUCGUGCAACAAGUUGAGGAUAUUGUAAAGAAGAUUUACGAAAAAGAGGACAUAGAAGAGGUGGAUAAGAUCGUUGACGGGCCCACAGAAUCCUGGGCGGUCACUACAAGAAGAGACCUUGAAGUGGCAGCAUUGAAGAGAAAGCCUGAAGGCGAGGAGAGCACGGAAGAUAAGAAGAAGGCCAAGUUAGUGGCCGGCUAA